AUGGCGGAGGAUGGGCCGCAGCAGCCUCGGCAGCUGGAGAUGCCGCUGGUCCUGGACCAGGACCUGACCAAGCAGAUGCGGCUGCGCGUGGAGAGCCUGAAGCAGCGCGGCGAGAAGCGGCAGGAUGGCGAGAAGCUGCUGCGGCCUGCCGAGUCCGUGUACCGCCUGGACUUCACCCAGCAGCAGAAGCUGCAGUUUGAGCGCUGGAACGUGACGCUGGACAAGCCCGGCAAAGUCACCAUCACGGGCACCUCGCAGAACUGGACGCCUGACCUCACCAACCUCAUGACGCGCCAGCUGCUGGACCCCUCUGCCAUCUUCUGGCGCAAGGAGGACUCUGAGGUCAUGGACUGGAACGAGGCCGAUGCCCUGGAGUUCGGCGAGCGCCUGUCCGAUCUGGCCAAGGUCCGCAAGGCCAUGUACUUCCUCAUCGCCUUUGGUGAGGACGUGGAGCCCGCCAACCUGAAGGCCUCCGUGGUGUUUAACCAGCUCUCAUAAUGGUCCUUGCUGUCCCUCCUCUGUCCCACCUCUCCCCUACCUGGCCAUCCUUCCUCUCGUGUAUUUUGGGGACAUUCUUAUAGCUGUUCUGCCUGUACUUGAUUUGGCCAGAGGUUCCUCCCCGCCCCCUCCAGUCCUGUAUUCUCUCCUGUUCCCCGGUGCUGGCCCUGGCGCUUGCAGGAAGAUUCCAUGGCUCUGUAGUCUUAGAGCUGACCGGCCGCUGCCACUGCUGUAGACGAUAGCCACUGUUGGGGAUAUGGGGACAGAUGGACAGACUGGCCUUGGACACCUGCUGUCUCUGCUUCAUCGUGGUGGAGAGAGGGACUGAGAUCAAGAGACAGAUGGAGAGAGAGAGAAACAAGGAGAUUCCUGACUUCCUAUGGGCACAGGGGACCUGAGACAUCAGACGUCUGGAGCUGCCUUCCGGGGACCCCAGCAAGCAGGAACACUGGUGCUGUGUCAGGAGAUGCACCCGCAGGAGCUCUCCGGCCGCAGGAAUGCUCCGCUCUCAUCACCGGCCUCAGUCUGCCGUGUCCCAGGCAGU